AGGGAGAGGGAGCCGCAGGCCCGGGCGGCUGCACCCUUUUCUCUCUUCGCCGCCGGCGCGGCCAGAGAGCGGGGGGAGCUGAGCAAAAGCCGGAGCAGAGAGGCGCUGAGCGGAGAGGACGGCCGAGCCCGGGGCCGGGCCCGAGCCCGGGCCGAGCUGCCCAGAGGGCCUCUGACAGCAGAGGAGUGGGCAGAGCUGAGGGCCAGAUGGCCGCAGCGCAAGAGCCGCUUCGAGGUCGGCGUGAUGGAGCGGCUGCUGUCGACCGGCGGCGACCUGGACGUGGCCAAGUCCUUGUUGGCUUUCGCGGCCGCCCGGAGCCACGGCGACAGCAAUGGCGGCGGAGGCGGCGGCCUGAGUUACGAGCUGCUGCUCAAGUACCUGGCGCUGUGUGUGAAGGGCGGCCACGGAGCCGAGGUGGGCGACGUGUACCAGAUCCUGAGGAGCCGGUUUAAGGCCCUGGACACGGGAGCUCACAGCCUCCUCAUCAGCGGCUUCAGCCCGACCGAGCGCUGGAGGGAGGCCGCGGCCUUGCUCGACGCCCUCAAGCGGCUGGUCACGCCGUCGGCCAGGAAUUACGGCGACGUGAUGGCGGCCGCCCUGAGGCACGGGGAGGCGGAGACGGCCUGGGCGCUGUACCGGGAGAUGGUGGAGGGCAACGGCGGCAACGGCAACGGCGGCAACAACGCCCGCCCCCGCCUGAGGCCGAGCCAAGAGACCCUGCAAAGCUUCUUCGACUGCUGCAGACCCCCCCUCCAGCAGCACACCGAGCACACGGCCAAGAUCCACGCCAUCCUCUCCUACCUGAGAGACGGCCACGAGUACCCCGGGGAGCGCGCGGUGCACAGCAUCAGGCUCUGGUUUGAAAGCAUUCCAGAUGAAAAAUGGGAAGGGCGUUACACCACCAUUUCGAAUAGUGGGAAAUGCCGUAGCUGUAACACGUUGCUGGAAUCCAUUUCCUUGAGUGAAGAAGAAUAUAGUGAACUAAGAAAGCGAGUGUUGAACGAUGUUAUACAAGGCAAUGAUGUUUUUAAGAAGACUACUCCUCUGGAACUUGAACAUUUCCAAGCCUUUGUGAAAAGGAGGCCUCCUUUUGAUGUGGUAAUUGAUGGCUUAAACGUUGCUAACAUCUCGGCUAAGGUUAGCCAGUCCAAGACUCUUCUUGAUGUAGUUUCUCACCUUGCACAACAAGGCCUGCGACUACUUGUGUUGGGUCGCAAGCACAUGCUGAGAGGAACUCGUAGCUGGGACAGAAAUCACAUGGCUGCUGUACAAAAGUAUGCUGAUUGCUUCUUCACAGAAGACAUCUCUGAAGAUGACCCUUUUCUGUUAUAUGCAACAAUCCAGUCAGGCAAUCACUGUAGAUUCCUUAGUAGAGAUUUAAUGCGGGAUCAUAAAGCUUGUUUGGUUGACACCAGCACCCAAAGAUUAUUCUUCAAGUGGCAGCGUGGACACCAACUUGUCCUGUCAACAUACAAUCCAUGGGGCAAAAUAAAAUUUGAGAUCAUGCCACAGUAUGACACUAUAGUACAGACCACGGGUGACACCUGGCAUAUACCAUAUGAUGAAGAAGGAGUCGAGAGAUGCUCCUAUGAAGUUCCACAUAAAUGGUUAUGUCUUAAAAAACACUGAGGAAAAACAUCAGCUGCAAAUUUUGACGAUGCUAAGAUUGUGUCAAAUACCAAGCAAAUACCCCUUGGUUAGAAGAAAACAUUGUUGUAAAUAUAUGUAAAUUGAUUAUUUGAAUUUAAUUUGCCACAUGUGUAUAAUUUUUUUAAAUAAAAUUGAAAGCAUAAGAUGACUUGUGAUUUCUGUACAAUAUAUGCAAUUUACCAUUACUCUUUUCAUUGAGGGAACACAAAUCUUUUUUAAAACAAGUUUAAAACUUGUUGCACAUAGCUUCACUAACGGUUCCAGAUUUGACAUUUUAACUAAGAUCAAUAUUACUCUCUGUGUGUGGGGGUGGUAUUUGGAAUUAAACAAUAACUCACAACAGACUAUUGUGCCAAGUACUGUUGUGUGCUCUGCCAGAUAUUAAUCAGCAGUUGGAUUGAAUACCUUAAGGGAAAUUCCUCUGUCAUAAAAGAUUGCAGAAAUUUAAUACUGAGUGUUUGUAUUGAUAGAUGAAACAUAUCCAGGGUGAUGGUCUAUGCAAAAGCAACUACUGGACUCAGAACGCACACUUCAUAGUGGAAUAUAUAAAAAUUAUCACAGUGACCAUCAGUUGAAGUUUAUUUGGGGUACAUUGACACUAUCCAAUUCAAAGAUCUAAUUUAUUCCACUUUAGUUUAAAAUGCAAUACUGGAGGGGAGCCAAAGGAGGGAAACACCAGGUAAAAUUACUGUAGGAAACUGAAGCUAAAGUGUCAACUAAUGCUGUUAAAAUAACAAGAUACUAGUUAUGAAGGAUCAUUAUUCUGUUCACAAUAGCGUCAGCUUGAAUACAAGAACAAUCGGUGAUCAGUUCCUAAAAUGCUUAGGCUUGGAAUGGUUUUGUACAUUACAUAGCUUUUUCUAUGUCAUGCUCCCUAAUAAAGCCAGAUAAAACCCCUCGUUUGCUUUUGUUGCCUUCUCUGCAUUCCAAAGUUGUAAUUGUGUUAAGUCAUCAAACCAACAGCCAGAGUAAACUACUU